UUCUCCCACCCCACCCCUGCGCUAGUCCUGGCUCACAGCACACAGUUUUUUGAACAGUGUGUGUGGGAGUGGGUGAGUCAGGGGCAGAAGAGAGAAAAAAAGGAAGGGACUUUCUCCCCACGCUGUCUUCCUUGCACUUCUCUCGCUCAGUGGAGAAAUCAGCACUUUUGGAAACUGAGAGCACUUCAGAGAAGCUGAGCGGGGAGGAGGAAGUUCUUCUGAUGCGGAGAUUUAUAUUUGCCCAAGCUUGUCUUGGGAAGCGGAGCACAGUGUGACGACGAGGAGGAGGAGGAGGAGAGAUCAGGUGUAGCUUUUGAAAAGCGGAGUGGGAAGGAAGCGAGGGUGCCCGGUGGGUGCCAAGAAUCCCACUUGGAAAAUCAAGGCAGAGAACAGUUUGUCACUCUCUUGGGUCCCUUGGGAUUGCCUCUCCCCCCCCCACCCUUUUUCUCCCCCCCCCCUCUUUCUGUUGUUCUAUCAGCAAAAAAGUGUCACGCUGGGAAGUUAUUCUGGAUUUCCACCAGGCUGGUUGGCUGCUUGAAUUUCUCCUUUGGAGCCUUCGCCGGAGGACUCUCGUGGGUGCUGACUUCACCCGCCGGUUUCGUCAUUUGUUUUCCAGGAUCCCUUUUUCUUUUUGGAUUUAGAGUCAGGCAGCAAAUUUGGGAAUCCGAUCACUGGAGAAAGAAAACGUCUCUGCCGCAGGCUGUCUCCAAUGAACCACUAAGACGGCCCCAGGAGCUGAGAUUCGGUGGGAGAAUGGAUCGGCUCAGCGACUCUUUCCUCUUCUGCCUGCUGGUUUGGUGGAUGGGCGUCCCUACUCACCAAGAAGUUAUCUACUUCCUGGAAGGCCCUUUCAACCUGACGUCUUCCUUGGGCAAGGAUGUGAAGCUGUCGUGUUCCAUCCGCACCACUGGCGAGCCGCUGGAGGUCAGCUGGAUCCGCGAUGGCGCCGUGCUGGAGCUCGCUGAGAGUAACCAGGUUCAGUUCCCCCUGGAUGAGGAGGUGUGGAUGACCACCAGUGUGCUGAGCAUCCCUUCUGUGCAGCUUUCAGACAUGGGAAAUUACCAGUGUGCGGUGUCGGUGAACGGCUCUGAUGUCCUCUCUGCCAAAGCCUAUUUGGGACUGGAAGGUCUCCCCUUUUUUGCCGACGAGCCCCAAGACCUGGAGGUGACGGCCGGGACUCCUUUCAACCUCACCUGUGGAGCUCAGGGUCCUCCGGAUCCAGUGCAAGUGAUAUGGUUGCAGGACAGCAUUCCUCUCAACUUACUGGGUGACCCUCUGUCCCGGACCCCUUCGGCACUGGCUGUCAGAGCAUUGAAUGGAUCAAGUGAUUAUUUAUGUGAACUUAUUUCUCCUUUGGGGAUCACGACUUCUUGUACAUGUACCCGUCCCGUGGUACCCGGGCGGCCACGAGCCUUAAGACUUGUGCACCCCACUGACCACAGCUUGGAAGUAGCGUGGGAGCCCGGUCCGAGUGGAGCCUAUGCGCUGGAGGUUUGCACCAUUCAGGCUGUGCGUUCGGACGAAGACCUCAGCACGGUCUCCGAGAGGGCACUCUAUAACCAGAACCUCAACGUUCCCCCCUUCAGUCACUCCCUGGUUGCCCUGACCCCCUUCACCCACUACCACGUGCGUGUGUCCUGUCGAUCCCGAGAGGGCAACUCCCCCUGGACCCACUGGGUUGCUAUGGAAACCCUGGAAGGAGUGCCGACAGCUGCCCCGGAGAACAUCACGGCCUUUCAAAAUGGUACCUGCACCGUCGUCCAGUGGGCGGAGCCAGGAGGCGCCAUCAAUGGAAUCCUGCGCGGGUACAAGCUCGUCUGUCAGAGAGGCGACUCGCCUGAGGUGGUUGUGGAUGUGGGCCUGACCAAUGAGAGAAUCUUGGAGUGGAACUCGUCCGUGAGGAAUCUGACCAUACGAGUCGCAGCUUACACGGGGGCAGGCGACGGACCUUGGAGUAAUGCUGUCAUGGUUUCCCCCUUGGGUUUUGAUGAAUUUUCACUACAAGCUCAGCAAGUAGAAAAGGCUGCUCCUGCCUUCUCCUGGCACUGGUGGUACGUGGUGAUCGCUGUUGUAGUAGCCGCAGCAGCUGCCAUCUUCAUCAUCAUCUUCUUGACACGGAUGAGGAGGAAGGAAACACGAUAUGGGGAAGCCUUCGAACCCAGCGUGGAGCAGGGAGAGCUGGUGGUUCACUACCGUGUCCGCAAAUCGUAUAGUCGCCGAACCACGGAAGCUACCUUGAACGGCCUGGGGAUUAGCGAGGAGCUGAAAGAGAAGCUGUUGGGACGUGAUGAUCGAUAAGCCACAAAGGUGGCCCUGGGAAACCCUCGAGGAGAAGGAGAAUUCGGCUCGGUCAUGGAGGGGCAGCUCAGCCAAGACGGGGCAGUCCGGAAAGUUGCUGUUAAGACCAUGAAGAUCGCCAUCUGCACCCGUAGCGAGAUGGAGGAUUUCCUCAGCGAAGCAGUCUGUAUGAAGGACUUCGACCACCCCAACGUCAUGAAGCUGAUUGGUGUUUGUUUACAAAACACAGAAAGCGAAGGGUAUCCCUCCCCGGUGGUGAUUUUGCCCUUCAUGAAACAUGGGGACCUCCACAGCUUCCUGUUAUAUUCCCGGCUUGGGGACACCCCACUGUACCUGCCAACGCAGACCCUGGUCAAGUUUAUGACAGACAUUGCCAGUGGGAUGGAGUAUCUCAGUAGCAAGAACUUCAUUCAUCGUGACCUUGCUGCCCGCAAUUGCAUGCUAAACGAGAGCAUGACCGCUUGUGUGGCCGAUUUUGGCCUCUCCAAGAAGAUCUACAACGGGGACUAUUACCGGCAAGGUCGUAUCUCUAAGAUGCCCGUAAAGUGGAUCGCCAUUGAGAGUCUGGCAGAUCGGGUUUACACAAUCAAGAGUGACGUGUGGUCAUUCGGCGUCACCAUGUGGGAAAUAGCGACACGAGGCCAAACGCCAUACCCCGGUGUGGAAAACAGCGAGAUUUACGACUACCUACGCCAAGGCAACCGCCUCAAACAGCCAAUCGACUGCCUAGAUGGCCUAUACGAACUUAUGAUGAGCUGUUGGGCCCUCAACCCCCGCGACCGUCCCAGCUUUGAGGUCUUGCACGAAGCUCUGGAGAAGAUCCUGAAGUCCCUCCCUCCCGCCAAGGACCCCGAAGAGAUCCUCUACGUCAACAUGGACGACGGGGCGGCCACCGAGGAAGUGGAGCUGGGGGCCGUCGGGGGCCUGGGGCCCGAGGAGCCCCCUGCCAAGGAGAUACAGCCCCUGAAGCCCGCGGUGAUAGCAGCUGAAGUGCAUCGUCCUCAGGCGAUGGGCCGCUACGUGAUGUGCCCGACUCCGCACGAGAGCAGCCGGCUGCUGAACGACAACCCUGCCUGUGCCGCCACGGAGGAAGGGGCUUGAUUGCAGCCCGUGGUCCGGAGGGGAGGGAGGUUUCAAGCAACGCUGCCGGCAAAGUCCCUGUGUAAAGCCCCGCCUCUGUGAGGAGGGGGUUCAUUGGACACCUCGCAAUUGAUCCUCCCCCCCUUUCCCAGAAUGAACCACUACCCCUGGCCCAUUUGCCCUUUGGGGAUGAUGGGAGCGAGGCUUCCUCCCCGGGACGAACCUCGUGCCUUUCGCGGAUGGGCUCGGGCUCACCGAGUCGUCGCGGGGGUCUUCCUCCCCUCCCCGCACCCCACCAACGAUCCUUUCCCGCAUCACCAACCUGAGGCAGAGACACCCUCUGUGUGGACCCUGGGAUGCAGACAUGAGGGAUGUGAGGAGAAGCCGUCUCAGGUCGUAGCGGGACGAGCACGGCAGGUAUCCCGGGUCGCCCAUUUCCCCCUCCCCACAGUUAACGGGAUCACAGCAACCUCCACUCUGUGGUUCGGUUGUAACUGGCUGCCACACAGCCAAAGGGAAUGAGGGUGGCCGCCCUGUUCCUUUGCUAGCCCUGCUUUUGCACCUUGAGGCGCGGCAGCACUGAAUUUCCGGCACCUUUGGCUGCUGUUAACGCACAGGGGCGGGGCCAGCAUGACGCAGGCCACCCUAACGGGUGCUCUGGGCCUAGCCAAACAAAAACCAUACAUGCCUUCCUCCCAAAGGCCCUCUCUGGGAGCAGCAGUGGCGUAGUGGUUAAAAGCAGGUGUACUCCAAUCUGCAGGGACCGGGUUUGAUUCCCCGCUCUGCCGCCUGAGCUGUGGAGGCUUAUCUGGGGAAUUCAGAUUAGC